AAGCAGCUCCUCAUCGCACUCGGAGUCGGAGGUCACUUUACCAAGCUUCCAGUCUUCCCCGUUAACAUCAUCUGCCAGGAGCAGGCAGAUGGACAGUCACCUCGCCGCUCCCUCUGGGGCACAGUCAGCACAUGGUCCUGCCACAUCUGUGCAGAGUAUCCAAACUCAGACCAUGGAGUGGUCCCCGGAGCCUUGCGAUGUGUGCGAGAGAGCCCAGGCCAGCCUCCGUGAAGUGGGCAGGGGCAUCAUUAACAUCUGCAACAGCCAGAACCUUCCUUCCUCUCUGAGCAGAUUCCUGGAGCUGGCAGGGGACGCCCCGGACACCAAGCCCCUCAGGGCCAUGGACGUGAGCUACUGGGCUACCGAGCAAAGCAAAGACCUCUCCAGGAUUAACAAGCAUCUCCGAACGCUGGUGGAACUCAUCAAUCCCUUGAAGGGGGCGCUGGAGGAGUCCGAGAAGCAGAGAGAGGAGCUGAGGGACCAGCUGGAGACCUUGGAGGGCCGCCUUCAGAAGGAGAAAGAAGCCCAGGAGCAGGAAAGGAAGGAGGCAGAGCGGCUGUUCGAAAGAAAGCACGCCGAGAGCCUGCAGCAGGCGGCCUCGCUGGAGAAAGAGAAAAAGGAGCUUCAAAACAGAGUUGACUCCUUAGAGGGAAACCUCUCCCGCUUGAAAGAGACGCUCCGGGCACAGGAAGGCACCAUCCAAGCGCUGGAGGAGGCCAAGAAGGGUCUGCUCCAGGAGAUGAAAGCGAAGAUGAUGGACAGAGACGAAGUGCAGAAACUGGAAGACCGGCUCCAGGCCCAGGCGAGCCAGCUGGAAAGCGCCAGGCAGCAACUGGACCGGGCCAACGUGGCGCUGGAGAAGGAGCGGGCCAAGGCAGACAGCAUGCUCCGGCACAAAGAGUCCCUGCAGGCGAAGCAAAGGGCUCUGAUGCAGCAGCUGGACGGUCUGGACCAGGAAUGCGAGCAGUUGAAGGCCAGUCUGGCUGACGGGGAAGAGGAGCAGCAGAUGAUGAGGGAGCGGCUGAAGGAGACCCAGGAGGAGAAGCGGGGGGUCCAGCAACAACUGGAGGUCCAGCAGAAACUUACGGAAAGAGCGCAGCAUGAAAAGCAGACGGUGGAGCAGUCGGCCGCUGAGCUGCAAAGGACGAUCUCUGAGCUGGGAGAGCUGAUCGAGGAGAUGAAGGAGAAGCAGAGGCUCUUGGUGUUCUUCCCGGACCUCCACGUCCCUGUCGAGGCUCAGUUUGAAAGCACAGGGGAUGUCAUGGAAGACAUGGGGAAGCAGCUGCAGGCCAACAACAUCCGCAUCAGCAUCUUGGAGGAGGAGAACGCGCGCCUCCGCACGGCCCUGACCAAAAUGAAAGAGGUGACCCAGCUGGAAGGGCCGAAGCUUGUACCUCCGGCCCAGCUGUGGAUUCAGCCUCCUGCGAAAGCCACCAGCGAAGACGGCGAGAGGCAACCUCCUGUAUGGUAUCCCGGAGGAAGAGGCUCCCAGGGAGCUCCAGCAAGCCAUUCUUCCCCCAACCGGGCCAGCUUGGGAAGCGCUGGCCAGAACAGGGCACGGAGUGGCCACGCCCUAGCUAGAGAUGGCUCAGCCUCCCGAAGGCCGCCCAGCGAAGGCAAGCGAGCGAAGCCUCCUUCAGGACAAGCUUCUCGGAAAGCAGCGUUCCACUUCUCAGGCGAGGAGGGCUCUGGCCUCGGUGCCUUCGCCAGAGCGCAAGGAAGAGACCAGGUCCUUGGCCACCCAGCCCACGGGGCUUGGAGCCACCAGAAAUAAAAGCCCUUGAGAGGAACAGCUUCAGGCGGUUGUAACAAGGGCACUGCUGGGGAUUCUGCAUUGAGGGCCGGACCAGGGCUUGGGAGUAAACUGAAGCCAGCUGGCUGGACCGGGUUCAAGAAGACAGUUUGCUCCCUUUCCCCUUCUGU